UUCUUUAAUAUUCCCAAAUCUCUCUCUCUCUCAACGGUAUACACACACGUCACAGUUCUCGCCUACCUCCUCCGUCAUUUCUUCACUUCCAAGCAGCCAUUGUUAACCUACUGCUAACUAACACUCGCCAAAUCUCUCCAUUGAAGAACUUCUCAAGAAAGACUUUAAUAAUACUGUUUAAUGGAAGUGGGGAAACGGAGGGGAACCACCACCACCGCCGCCGCCGCCGCAAGAAACGGUGUGGUUUCAGGAUCGAUUUGGGAGAGUAGAAUGAAGAUUGAUCAAGUCAAGGGAGGUAUUAAAGUCUUCAAUGGCGAUGAUGAUGAUAAUGAUGAUGAUCAAAUCUCUGACAUCAACAACAACAUUAACAUUAACAAGAAGAAGAAGUUGAAACCAAAACUCACUCUUGCUACUACCCCCAUUGGCAAGAGGAAGACAUGGAAAUCCGAGAACUCCAGCCCAAACCCAAUUCAGAUCGCAAGGAAUAAGCUGCUGGAGGAUUCCCUCCAACAAUUGAAGGAAACCACCGACGACGACGACGGCGGGAUUCAUAAAUUCUCUCUAAUUCAGACGCCACAGCUGAGGAAGACGAGAUCUGAAUUGGGUAAGGAAAUGAUCCUAUCUUUAGUAGUAGAUGAUGAUAUUGGAAAUGAGAAAACCCCGAUUCGAAGAAUCAAGUCGAGAUUUGAAGAAUCUACUAAGGAGGUGAAUUCUCCGGUCAACAAGAUCCCGAUUCAGAUUAGAAAGGAAAUCGGUGGAUCAGGGGAGGAGGAGAGAAUUGAGAAGAAUCCAAUGCCAUCUGGAUCUAUUGACGAAAACAACGAGAAAAACCCAUCCAAUAGUAGUAGAAGCUCAUUAGAUAUUGAACAGAAGAAACCAAAGCCUGAGAAGAUUAUUACUAUUGAUGGAACUGUGGACCAAUCUGACAUAAUAGAGAUUGAAUCUGCUCCGAUCAAACUGAUGUUGGAUGAAAAAAAAGACGAGAUCAUUGAAGAAAAGGAAAUAAUCAUCGGGGUUGGGGUUGAAGAGAAAUCCAAACAAGUAGUGAAUGAAGUGAAGAAGAAGAAGAUGAUGAUGACGAAGCAGAUCCAAGAAAGAACAGUACCCAUCGUCAAGAAACAAAUCCCAUCAUCAUCAAAGCCUAAAUUUAACAGAGUUUCUCAGAGACACAGCAGAUUGCAGAGUUUAGUUGAUUUGGUAAUGUGGAUAGAUGUAUCAAAGUCAGCAUUUGUGUUUGGAUUUGGAACAUUCAUAAUAAUUUCAUCUUCUUACACAAAUGAUGUAAAUAUCAGUUUGAUAUCGGUUGUUUCCUACCUGGGUCUAGUCUAUCUUGCUGUGAUCUUCCUGUCCAGAUCCAUUAUUCGCAGGGGAAAUGAAGUUGCAGACAAUGGUAACAUUGAUAAUGAUGAUGUUGAUGAAUUGAAUGAAAAGUAUUAUGUAAUUGGAGAAGAAGAAGCAAUGUGGUUAAUGAGGAAAAUCCUUCCUUAUUUAAAUGAAUUCCUUCUUAAACUCAGAGCCCUAUUUUCUGGGGAUCCCUCUACCACCAUGAAAUUAGCAGUGAUGCUGUAUAUUUUAGCUAGAUGUGGAAGCUCCAUUACCAUCUGGAAGAUGAUCAAAUUCGGCUUUAUCGGAAUCUUCACAGUACCCAAAAUUUGCUCUUCUUAUUCCACGCAGUUCACUGCCUAUGGAAAUUUCUGGUUUAGAAGAUUUCUGGACGCUUGGGUUUCAUGUUCUCAUAAGAAAGCUGUUGCUGUCGGGAUCUUCACUCUUAUCUGGAAUCUAUCAUCCGUCGUUGCUAGAUGUUGGGCAUUGUUUAUGCUAUUUGUGGCAUUUAGAUACUAUAAGGAGUCCAGUUUGAUGAUGAACAGAGAUGUUGGAGAAGAAGAUGAUGUCCAGAGAAGAGAGGACACGUGCCAGACUCCCAUUGGGAAAUCCAGUGGGAGGAGAGUGAGAUCGACCUUAUUGCAUACUACUACUACUUCUACUGUUUCUAUGAAAGAAAAGAAGAGAUAUUAAUUCAUGGUGGUGGAGGAUAAAUAAAUUGGUUCAAUUAUUCA